GCUCCCGCAGGGGCACGCCCCGCGCGCGCGCCCGGCGGCAGCGGCCCUGCCUCCCGCGGUUCCGGCCAAAAUCCUUCUGUUGGGAUUCUGAACUAUGACAUCAUGGCAAGAUUUCGCAGAAGAACAUGCAUCAUUUUGUUGCUUUUUAUUUUGUUUAUUUGCUCCAUAAUGAUGGCUUUGAAGACUCUGCGACCUGACAGAGCUGGCUUUGGGGAUCCAUUUGGGCUUGGUUUGUUGCCGGAACUUCAACAGCGGACAGUGCUCUUAGACAGUAAACAGAACUUGCUAAAAAGGGCUCAAGGAGAUACUGUAACACGUGUCAGUAAUUUGCAUAGUAUUGCUGUCAAUACUAUGAAAGCAUCUAUGUCUCCAUUAAAAAAGCUGGAAGAGGAGCUUUCUUCUCCUAAUUAUAACUUUCAUAUAUUCUACUAUACUUGGUAUGGGAAUCCACAGUUUGAUGGUAAAUAUAUUCACUGGAAUCAUCCAUUAUUGCCACACUGGGAUCCCAAAAUUGCAAACAAUUAUCCAAAGGGAAGGCAUAAUCCUCCUGAGGACAUUGGGGCCAACUUUUAUCCAGAACUUGGAUCUUACAGUUCCAAAGACCCUACUGUCAUAGAAGCCCACAUGAAGCAAAUGCGUACAGCUUCAACUGGCGUAAUAGUGCUUUCAUGGUACCCACCAGGUAUGGCUGAUGAAAAUGGAGAACCAACUGAUGAUUUGGUGCCAGUUGUUUUGGACUAUGCACACAAAUAUAACCUAAAGGUCACUUUUCAUAUCGAACCUUACAAAGACAGAGAUGAUCGCAGCAUGUACCACAAUGUCAAGUACAUCAUUGACAAAUACGGAAGCCAUCCAGCCUUUUACAGACAUAAGACCAGCACAGGCAGACUUCUUCCCAUGUUUUAUGUUUAUGACUCUUAUGUAACAAUUCCUGAAAUAUGGGCAAAUCUGUUAACUGUGUCUGGAUCCCAGAGUAUUCGAAAUACUCCCUAUGAUGCAUUAUUCAUUGCACUUCUUGUAGAAGAAAGACAUAAGCAUGACAUUCAUAGAAGUGGUUUUGAUGGAAUGUACACAUACUUUGCCACCAAUGGCUUCUCCUACGGCUCAUCUCAUCAUAAUUGGGCAAGUUUAAAAGCCUUUUGUGAUAGUAACAACUUAAUGUUUAUUCCAAGUGUGGGGCCAGGUUAUAUUGAUACCAGCAUCCGACCAUGGAACAACCACAACACCCGGAACCGUGUCAAUGGGAAGUACUAUGAGACUGCCUUCAGCGCAGCCCUUCUGGUGCGACCAGAAAUUAUUUCCAUUACAUCUUUUAACGAAUGGCACGAGGGAACUCAGAUUGAAAAAGCUGUCCCUAAACGAACUGGACAGGUGGUUUACCUUGAUUAUAAACCCCAUAAACCAAAUGUUUACCUUGAGCUUACUCAGAAGUGGUCUGAGAAGUACAGAAAAGAACAAGAACAGUGGCUUAUGUGAGUUGUCCCAGCUGCAGUUGUUUCCUAAUGCAUUGACUUUAUUGAGAAAGAAAUUGAGACGUGAAGAAUCUGUUAUUAAAUGUCUUUAUUGUAUCUUUUGAAUGUAUAUGCACUACUACUGAAUUUUAAUUUUGAAAAGUAAAAAUAUUAUGAGAAUAUUGGCAAUUCUGUUUUACUGAAUAUUUUAGUUCAAAAAUAUUCAGGGAAAGCUGUUUGUUGUUCAUUUGUUGUUUUUGUUUUAACUUUGUAACUUGCAUGCUGAGUUUUCAGAACGUCUGCAUGGGAUAACGCUACAUGACCAAAGUAUAACAAAAAACGGGCACAGUUUCUUCCUUCCUUUAUUCCGGUAGUUGUGUUUCUAAUCAAACUCAUGCUGUAACCUAAAUACUUAUAGCUUCUUACAGGAUGCAUGUCUGUAGUGUGUGGAAUAAUCUACAUUUACGCCUUUUGAUGCUUUGCAUACAGAGUUCUUGACAUAUUACUAGCUUGUGGUAAAAGCACUGAAGAGUUAUGUGUGAUGCAACACCACUGGGUUUUGUUUGAAAAAAAAAAAAAGUAUUUGAAAGAAUGUUCCAAAGAACUGUUGAAAAAUUUCUAGUUUACUUAAAUUUUUUCUGUUUGGUACAUGGUGUAGACUUUUGUAGAUUAAUGGAUACUGACAGGGAACAUUUUUUUCCUCUUACUUUGAAUUUAAAAAAAAAAAGUUUGAAUUAGAGUGGAAAAUAUUUUUGAGGGGAAAAAAAACCCCUACUGCAUACACAGACCCAAUGAGCUUACUUAAAUGUCUAGUUUCUAAACACAGUAUCUUACUCGUCCUACAAUAACUUAAUUGUACGAAAUACUUUUUUUGUUUCUGAUUUAGCAACCUAGUUUGCUAGUCAUGAGAGAACUACAUUUGUUAAAUUUUAAAUCUGAGAUUUCUCUUUUUCAGCUAUUCCAUUUAGUUUUUCCAGGAUUCAGAAUUGUAAAUACUAAAAUCUUGCUGUUAUUCAGAUAAGCACCCUACCAAUGCUACCUGUAAAACUGGGGUGUGGUUGGAAAUGAGUAUUUUCAGUCCUAAGAAUCUCAUUUGUUAAAUGUUGUGAUUAUUAACUGGCAUUUUUUAUGAGGUUUGAAAGGUUCAAUCACACAGACAUACCUCCUCAGCAAUACAUUUUUUUGGGAUUUUCAUAGAAUUUCAUAGCAAAGCUGUAAACUUUGCAACAGUAGAAAUUGCAGCAUUUUGCUAAUUUGCAGCAAACGUUUUAUCAUAGCAAAGUGGAUUCUUUCUUAGUUAUUUUAUUUUUUUAAUUGGCAUAUGAGGUUCUGAUCCUGUGUUUUAGUUCUUAUGCUCAGACUGUUGUGACCACUAGUAACAGCUAGAAUUCCGUUGAUGUCAGCAGAACUCAUGAAAAUUACACUCUUUACUCAGAUCUCACUGUAAUCUGUCUGUUAAGUGGUAAGGUGAAUGUGAGGACUUCUGUUAAAACAGAAACCGAACUAUUGUAUUAUUUUCCGGAAAACUUUUUCAUUCCAAAUAAAUGUAAACCAGUUACCACUAUAAAUAUCUAGAGUCUUUCUGGUAUGAAAAAGAUUUGUUUAUAUAUCUCUUACUUUUUUACCGUUCAUUUUUUUUGUUGUUUCUUUGCGCUUGUUCAAGUGAUGAGGUGUCAUCUAAUGCCCUCAGCUGCUUGAAAAAAUGCAGAAAUUGGAUGGCACAUAUAUAACCUGGCAUGUUGAAAUGUGCCUCUAGAAUUACUGGAGUCUUACUAACCUCUCUUCUUUUUUUUUUUUUUUUUGCAUUUUCCUGUUGCAUUUCUGCGCAGUCUGAAAUGCAUCUGAAAGAGGUGUUUACUAAUGCUUAUUUUGUUUUGCUAUACUCAGGUGGGUAAAUGGACAUAGGUAUGACCACAGUCAAAAAAUAGUGUCUGAGACAUAAAAAGCACUUGUUAGACUUUCACCACUUCCAAGUUAACCGCUCCCUUUUUUAUUUUUCUUAUUUUUGAUGUUACUUAUUUUACUAUAAAUCCAUUUAUUAGCUAUACAUAACUAAUUUUUAUUAUUUGUGGUAUGUUUAUGCUGUUACAGCCCAGAGUCCUUAUAUUUAUUUUAAAUGUGAGGGAACAAUUAAAUAUUUGCAUAUAUUACUAAAAAAUCUUCUGAAAUCAAAUCCUUUUGAAAGGACAAGUAUCUUUGUUUUCCCUUUGCUUAAACUUUUGUCAUCCACUGGUCUUUUCUCACUGUACUUAUCUGAGCACUUUACUGGUCUUGACAACUUUGCACUCUCCUUUCAGCCCUACUUAUUCCUAGUGGCAGUUUAUUUUCUCUGUGACUAUGAAAGUCACUCCUUUGUUGCUGUGUAUAGAAACAUUUGAAAUCUGUUGUAUGGUAUUGUACAACUGAGGUUCUGUAUCUUGUUUAAAAUGCAGUUUAUGGUAACAGUGUAAUGGAUCUCCAUUACUCCGAAAGAUUUCUGGAAUUGUUGUAAAGGUAUCAUUUAACCAUUGCCAUGAAGUGGUUUGGGCCAUGGCACACUGAUGUCUAAUGGGACCUUCAGAAGAAUUUACAGAAUUUCUCUAGAAAAGAAUGAAAAUUAAGUGCCUAGAAAAUCAUCACCCCUGAACACUUAGUGUAUUUUUAUGUGCUUGAUGAGAUUUAAAACAUAAAUAUGCAACCUCACAUAAUAUUUCAGAGUUGAGAAUUUAAUUUGAUGAUCCCAGGAAAAGCUAGUGAAAUAGCAGCUACUAGAGUUACCCCACCUGUAUUACUAAAACUUUCUCUGUACUUAAAACAAAUCAAUGUGCUGCUUCUUGUCAUAGGGAGUGGAUAGUUUUGCUUAUGGACUGUUGCAGUCAUGAUACUUAUUUGAAAUUUGAGUAAAAAUAGGUCUGUGGGAAAGGAUUUGUACAAAUGCAAGGGAAUCGGAUGGUUACAAUGGCACAGUUAAAAGGGGCAAGGGAGGAGAAAAGUGAAUGUAUUUAAGAAAGUGGUUACUCCAAGCUUUAGGAUUACAGUAGGGAAAAAAGGGGACUCCAGUGUGCAACCAAAAUUGAGACAGGGAAAAACAUUUGUUGUAAUGAUUUUGAGAUUUGAAAUAGAUUUAAGGAAUAUCUAGAUCCCAUUUCACUUUGGUGUCCCACCAGUUUUACUUCUUGGCUAACUGGAUAAAAAAUAUUGUAAUGACUUUCUUUAAUAUUUUUACACUGGUGAAAUGCAUUUGACUCAUCAUGUUAUUUCAUAGUAGUUAAAGUGAUACGGGAAGUUUUAAUAGAGAUUGUGCCAUGUUAUGCCUCUGCAAAUUCAGGAAUACCUGAAAUAAUCAAUCACAUACUACUGACUGAGUAUAGCCAGGGGGUAAAUGGUUUCUAGUCAAGGAGUCAAGUCCUUGUGGUAAAAAGAGAACAUAUUUUUAAAAGAAAAUCUAUAGGUUCAUUUCUGUUUCUGUGAAUUAUGAUCAACUAUAUUGUUUUAGUUCUGUGAGCUGUCUCAGAACUGAAGCUUAGUGCAUCAACUCUGAAAUAAGAAUGUGUAUUAAAUCUUGUAUAGUAGUGCACGUCUGUCAGAUCUAUAAUCUUGUACUGAAUUUUGUGGGCAAACACAUGCUGAUGCUGUUACUGUUUUAGUGGCAAGCUGUAGAUUAUUGUGAAUAUAGUUUCUGCACUGGUGUUCAUCUUAUUUGUCUCGUGCAUUUCUUUUGAGGUGCCAAUGAUUUGUCUCUUAAGAGGUUGUUAAAGCAGAAGGUUCUUCAGUGAAAACAAUUUUGUUAUGAAAUUUGAUAUGUAUAUUCUCUGCAUAGUUUGAAUUAACACAUUUUACACAUGGUUCUUAGAUUCAGUUGAAAACAUCUCUCAUGAGUGUUUUCAGCUCUCUGGGCACAUGGAUAAGGACUUACUGUGAUUUAGGGCUCUUUUUUUUCUGAAUCUCAUGAACAUAAAAAGAAAAAAUAAAGAAUUUAUGAACAAAUUAUUUGACACUGAAUAUAAGAUGAAAAUCUCUCUCCCAGUCCUACAAGUACUUGUCUUCAUCUUUCAACUUCAUUAAGAUUGUGUCAAUGUUUUGUUUCUUUUUAUCUUUUAUUUUUGACCAGCAUGUUAAAUGUUCUAUAAAUUUCUAAAGUGACUGUAUUUCUAAGAUUUCAUAGUGUAUUAUUUCAUUUUGGAAAAUUCAGUAAAGAGAAUUUACAAGAUUAGUGGCAUGGCAGAAAAUCCUGAUGUGAAUUUCAUAUUGUAUAAAUGAACUUGUUGUGAAUGAAUAGUAUGUCUUUAUAUGAAUUGAACACAAAAAAUACCUUUCUUUUAAUACCCUACAUGGUUGUGACAGAUAUGAAUUUGCUUAAAUAAAAAUAAAAAAUGUUUAUGUGUCUA